AUGGCCGUGGGACAGUCAAAUGUAUUGAUUAACCGCGCCCGGAGUUCCCACGGUCCAUCUUUACUUCCCACGGUUCAUCUCCAGUUCCCACGGUCCAUCGCCAGUUCCCAUGGUCCAUCUCCAGUUCCCACGGUCCAUCUCCAGUUCCCACGGUCCAUCGCCAGUUCCCACGGUCCAUCGCCAGUUCCCACGGUCCAUCUCCAGUUCCCACGGUCCAUCUCCAGUUCCCACGGUCCAUCGCCAGUUCCCACGGUCCAUCUCCAGUUCCCACGGUCCAUCUCCAGUUCCCACGGUCCAUCUCCAGUUCCCACGGUCCAUCUCCAGUUCCCACGGUCCAUCGCCAGUUCCCACGGUCCAUCUCCAGUUCCCACGGUCCAUCUUUACUUCCCACGGUCCAUCGCCAGUUCCCACGGUCCAUCUCCAGUUCCCACGGUCCAUCGCCAGUUCCCACGGUCCAUCUUUACUUCCCACGGUCCAUCUCCAGUUCCCACGGUCCAUCUCCAGUUCCCACGGUCCAUCUUUACUUCCCACGGUCCAUCGCCAGUUCCCAGAGCUAACCAAUAUUUCCCACAACAGGAAGUGGAAACAGAUGCAUCGAGGGAAUCAGCACCUGUACCUGUCCUGUACACCCCACAGCCUGUACCUGUCCUGUACGACCCACAGCCUGUACCUGGCCUGUACCUGUCCUGUACGACCCACAGCCUGUACGACCCACAGCCUGUACCUGUCCUGUACGACCCACAGCCUGUACCUGUCCUGUACGACCCACAGCCUGUACCUGUCCUGUACGACCCACAGCCUGUACCUGUCCUGUACGACCCACAACCUGUACCUGUCCUGUACGACCCACAGCCUGUACCUGUCCUGUACGACCCACAGCCUGUACCUGUCCUGUACGACCCACAGCCUGUACCUGUCCUGUACGACCCACAGCCUGUACCUGUCCUGUACGACCCACAGCCUGUACCUGUCCUGUACGACCCACAGCCUGUACCUGUCCUGUACGACCCACAGCCUGUACCUGUCCUGUACGACCCACAGCCUGUACCUGUCCUGUACGACCCACAGCCUGUCCUGUACGACCCACAGCCUGUACCUGUCCUGUACGACCCACAGCCUGUACCUGUCCUGUACGACCCACAGCCUGUACCUGUCCUGUACGACCCACAGCCUGUACCUGUCCUGUACGACCCACAGCCUGUACCUGUCCUGUACGACCCACAGCCUGUACCUGUCCUGUACGACCCACAGCCUGUACCUGUCCUGUACGACCCACAGCCUGUACCUGUCCUGUACGACCCACAGCCUGUACCUGUCCUGUACGACCCACAGCCUGUACCUGUCCUGUACGACCCACAGCCUGUACCUGUCCUGUACGACCCACAGCCUGUACCUGUCCUGUACGACCCACAGCCUGUACCUGUCCUGUACGACCCACAGCCUGUACCUGUCCUGUACGACCCACAGCCUGUACCUGUCCUGUACGACCCACAGCCUGUACCUGUCCUGUACGACCCACAGCCUGUACCUGUCCUGUACGACCCACAGCCUGUACCUGUCCUGUACGACCCACAGCCUGUACCUGGCCUGUACGUCCCACAGCCUGUACCUGCCCUGUACGACCCACAGCCUGUACCUGCCCUGUACGACCCACAGCCUGUACCUGGCCUGUACGUCCCACAGCCUGUACCUGCCCUGUACGACCCACAGCCUGUACCUGCCCUGUACGCCCCACAGCCUGUAUCUGCCCUGUACGCCCCACAGCCUGUACCUGUCCUGUACGACCCACAGCCUGUACCUGCCCUGUACGCCCCACAGCCUGUACCUGCCCUGUACGACCCACAACCUUUGACUUACAGCAAUAGUAAACUUCUUGCUCGUGUGAUAGUUUAA